AUGGUUGACAUGGGCAAGAUUCUCCACUCCACCAGGGGCAAGAAGAAGAGGCAGGAAGUGAGGCACUUGUGUGAGCAGCACAACCAGCCCCUGACCCUCUUCUGUGAGGAGGACCUAGAGCUGUUGUGUGCCCUGUGCACUCAGCCUCCUGACCACCAGGGCCACCAGGUGAGGCCCAUUGAGGAGGCUGCCUCUCAUCACAGACUAAAGGUCUCCAGUUACAUUGAGCCCCUGAGGAAGCAGAUAGCAGACCUUCAGAAAUUAAUAAGCAUUGAAAGGAAAAAAACCUUAGAACUGAGAGAGAAUGUGGGAACCAAAAGGCUGCAAUUUCUCUCUGCAUGUGAGCAAUUCAGGCAGAUUAUACAACGGGAUCAAGAAGAAUUUCUUUCAAAAUUAUCUGAUGAAGAAAAGACUAUUGAAAAGAAAAUCAGUGCUAAUAUAAUCAAAAUUUCAAAGAACAUUUCCACAUUCCAAGGCCUGCUAAGUCAGAUACCAGAGUACACGAUGCUGACAGAUGUGGAAUUGCUGUUACAAAUGAAAAGUUUCUACAAGAACUCUGAGGUGGCCUUCCCAUCAACGUUCUCAGCCGAGAUACACACCAAAGGCUGUAGUUUUCCUUUAGAGUAUUCUGCCUUAAAGAAAAUUAUAAAAACAUUUAGAGCUGAUAUUAUUCUAGACCCUGAAACAGCACACCCUAACCUGAUUGUCUCUGAGGAUAAAAAAUGUGUGCAAUAUACAAAGAGAAGGCAAGAUGUUACGAUUUUUCCAAAAAGGUUUACAUUCAUCACAGCUGUCCUGGGGUUUCCAUCCUUUCAUUCUGGCAGGCAUUUCUGGGAGGUAGAAGUGGGAGACAAACCCAUUUGGGAGAUAGGGGUUUGCAAAGAUUCUCUGCCCACCGAGUCAAAGGAGAGCCUGUCGGCCCAUCAGGGAUGCUGGCAGAUAAGGCGGCUGGAGAAUGUCUAUGAUGCCCCAGGAGCUGACACCAUCCUUCUCUUGUCUGAAGUGAAGCCCACAGACAUCGGCAUUUUCCUGGACUAUGAUAUGGGGCAGAUCUCAUUUUAUAACAUGACUGACAAAUCACACAUCUAUACUUUCACUGAGGAUUUUAAUCAACAACCUCUUAGGCCUUAUUUCUAUGUAGGACCUGACUCAAAACCCCUUAGGAUUUCUAUAGGAACUGACUGA